AUGUCCAAUAUAAAAUCUUUUGGCGACUACGUGGAGGAUCGGAGGGAACAAGCAUACAGUUAUGCUGGUGGUCAUAAUAGCGCUUUAGGCGUAGAGGACGGACAUACGGUGCAUUUGUAUGCUGGGGGUUUCACGGUUGACGAAGGACCAUUCAGACCGCUCAGUGAGCCGGAGAAUGCUUUAUUCCUAUCGGCUGUUAGAAAUGGAGUCGCACCACCGGAGUUACGGGAGCACGGAAAAGAUGCCCAUGUGUACUUGAUUGAUGAUUCACAUCUCACGUACAAUCCUCCAGAAUCGCAUACAAAUGAGCCGUCAACUACUAAAACAACAGGGACCGCAAUCUCAGUGCAAGACAUUCGCAUCGGUACUAACUCAGGAAAUGUGACGACACUUCGCAUUAAACUAUGUGAUCACCGCCAAAUAAAUUUGAAGGUUUCUCCAGAGACAACAAUAGGAGAGCUUAGGUCGAUUAUAUCAGCGAAGAGUGGUUUAUCUGUUUCAUCGUUCCGCUUAAUGUACGGGUUUCCUCCACGCGAAUUGAUUGCAAACGAUUCGGACACGCUGAACGGAAAAGACCUUUUAGGUUGCGCCAUUUUCCAGCAUAUGAUAAUAUGA